CAACGCCGUCCGACGACUGCAGCGACCGCAUCGCAGACACAUUCCCUGCCCACCCAGCCCCAACUGCCACUGCCUCGGCGGCCCCGCGAACCUGGCGAUCCCGCCGCCAGCGGGCGUCGAUGGCCAGCAUGCACGCGCCACACUCCACCACGACAGAUGCCACAACGCCGCCGCCGCCGCCGCUGCCGCUUGCUGCCCACCCAGCCCCGGCUGACUGCCCUCACUCGCCCGAUGCUCUGGCUGCUGCCGUGACGCUCGCGACACUGUCCGACUCCAGCCACGGUGACCAUGACACUGCCCACGACCACGGCCAUGACGAUCAAGACGUCGACGACGACGACGCAGAUGACAAUGGGGGGAUAUCAUUAGUCGGCCACCACCACUACUUCAUGGAAGCCAUGCCACCAUCACACGACACGGAUGCCGACGACGACGACCAUGUGUCGGUCGAUCUACACAUGCACGAAUUCCUUUCUCAAGUCCACUCCGUCUACGCCGCAUACCAGCCCUUUGAACUAUUUGAACCCUCGAGCGCGCCUCACCUUACCUCUACCACCCAUAUACCCACCUCGCCCGUCUUCAUGAGCCAUCUGUCUAGCGGCGACCCUGCACUCGAGCCGCCUCCCACGCUCAACGAACCCUAUCUGAGCAUCCAGGACAAGGGCGCAUUCUGUCCCAUCACCUCCUACUUCCACCACUACUUCAACUCGGACAAGGUCAUUGUUCCUGGCCUCGACCUCAUCCAGGUUCCAAGGACCAUUACCAGGGACGACCUCCAGUGCGACCGCUAUGAUUACCAGGGCAUCGACUGGGAGGCGCGCAAGACAAUGCGCUCGGCGAUUCGAGAAGCACGUUUUGAGUUUGAGAGUGGGAAGCUGUCGCCUGGCCUGAAGCAAGUUCGAAAGAACAUAACUUCCACGCCCAAUACAGACGUCUUCUUUAAGUUUGCAAGGAUCAACACUGCUCCUCGCGCCUUUGUCCCUCAUUUCCAGCUGCGGAACGUCUUGACAGCAACAUCUCGCAAUGACAUCUAUUACGCCUAUGGCCAUCGUGUCUUUCGUACAGACGCCGAAGGAAGCCCUGCAGAUGUCGUUGUAGACCUCAACAAGCGCAUAGCUUCCGACGGCUCAAUAACGACCAUUGCUUCCCAAGACAACGUCCUCAUUGCUGGCGCUUUCGAGGGCGAGUAUUCAAUCACUGACCUCUCUUCUACGUACGGGUCGCCAUGCACGUUUGGCCGUACCACAGACUAUGCAGCAGAUACAAAAUCACGGAUAGUCAAUCACAUGCAUCUCUUCCAUUCACGGCGAACCUACGCUCCGCAGGCUGCACUGUGUUCAAAUGACCAUCGCCUGCGCCUCUUGGACUGCGCCACAAACACUUUUACAAACACAUUUCUCUAUCCGGCUGCCGUCAAUUGCUCGGCCACUUCGCCCAACGGACGAAUGCGUGUAGUGGUUGGGGAUUUUCAAGAAACGCUCAUCACAAAUGCUGAAACAGGCGAAGCAUUUGAAACGCUAAACAGCCAUGCAGAUGAUGCGUUUGCGUGCGCAUGGGCAGACGACGGUAUCCAUGUUGCGACGGCAGCACAAGACUCCACCAUUGUCGUCUGGGACGCACGUUACUGGCGGGAGCCGCUCGCUGUCAUGAAGAGCGAACUCGCCGUCCCGCGAUCCCUGCACUUUUCGCCCAUCGGCUCUGGGCCCCGCAUUCUCGUGGCUGCCGAAGCCGACGACUACAUCAAUGUCAUCAACGCGCAGACGUGGGAGUCGAAGCAGGUUUUCGACUUCUUUGGGCCCAUUGGCGGUGCGUCUUUCACACCCGACGGCCAGUCGCUUUUCAUUGCCAAUGGCGAAAAGCGGUUUGGUGGCAUCAUUGAGCUGGAGCGUGCGGGCUGGGCAGGCCAGACGGCUCGGCGCAAGAGCUUCGAACACGAUGUGUGGGACGAUGUCACAACCGACUGGAUGCAUGGCGAUGCGCUGGGCGAUUGUGCAAGAGUACAAGGCGGCGACGUCGCGAGACGGCGACGCCACGUCGAUUUAAGCCAUGUUGUUGUAUGACAUGAGCACUGUAGAUGAACAGACUGGAGGGAAGACGAAAAUAUCUGGAGACCAUUUUCGUCCAUGAUUCUCUUCUCAAAUCACUAACAAUAUUUUGGGUAUCCUUGGUUUGGAUAUGGGGAAGAAACAGAGCAACUGGACUCUCUCUCUCUCUCUCUUCGAUCCAUGUAAUGUUAUUUCCCUUUGUUAUUUUAUUUUUCUCUUCUCUUCUCAUCUCAUUUCUCAUUUUACCUUCAGGGUUGCUGACAAUGGCAAAUUUUCGCAUGGAAGGGGUUUUUUGAACAAAAAAAGGAUGAUACCACGAUUGGCAGCAUCGGGCAUGUUGAGCCAACACACACACACACACA